AUGUACUUAAGGAGACUAAGGAGGUUCGCCUCUCUGAGCUACUCUGAAAAUCUUUACAACAAGCUUCACAUCGAAGAAGGAGUCUUCAGCAAAAACCUCCGAUUUUUGAAGUUCUGCGACAACAUGACAAAGCUUGCCAAAAAGCACGAAGAAGAUGAAAAAGUUGAUCUCAUCAGGAGGCACAAUCUUAAGAUGGCAGCUCUAACCUCAAGAGAGCCUGUAAGGGAUAUCCUCAACCACUACAUGAACCACAGAAAAGAUUACUCAGCUGACCUUAUCACAGAAGCCAUUGAAUGGCUAGGAAAAGUUGGAGUGGAAACUAGGUGGAUUUUCCCUAACCCCCCUAUGCUUGAUUAAGUUCUGCUAUUGUUCAAUCAAAGGAGGAGAUUGAUUAUUAAAAAUUUUUUUGGAUGAGGAUGGGGCUAAUUUUCCAGAAAAUUUUUUAAGAUCAAGGACUCAGGGAGUAAGGAUGAUAUGAGUGUCCAAGAAGUUUACGGAUCAUUUCAGUUCAAGACUCUCCUGAAUGACUUAGACUUGGCGCUGAACAGGCUAGAAUACAUGUCACCUUUACAUUUAGCUAGAUGUGCGAAAGGGCUGGCUCAAUUUGGGUAUAAGGACUCAAAUAUUUAUAAAAAGCUUAUAGAAACCUUUAAGGUCAGCGAUGACCAAAAUGUCCCUGCAAGAACAGUUUAUAAAGACCACAUUUAUAGUGGGUUUAUGAAAAACCAAGAAUUCCAAGAGCACAUAGCAACUUUAUUGGAAUGGAAAGCACCUGAAAAACUCCCAACUGGCGGCAGGCUUGAAAACAACCUGGCAGGACUUGUAGAUGAAGUAGAAACUUUAAAACUGAUGCACAAAGAUAUGGCUUCUGCUGUUUUGAACGUCUCAGCUCACUAUUUCUCACUGGUUGAUUUGCAAAGAAACUAUAUAAAAAUAUUUUGACUUUCAGAUUUCUAGUAUCUGACAGAAAUUCUUCUCUUGUAUAUUUUAAUUAAAUUUCACCCUUAAUUAUUAGGUUUGGGUUAUCCUGUGAAAAUUUCUGCUAGUCAGAUGAAGGGGCCGAAUAGUUUUUCUAUUUGACUCUUAUCCUUAGGGAAUAGUAUUUUCCAGAAGCACAUCAUUCUAAGGCAGCCUUAAAAUGUCUGACGGAAAAAGUAUCUGCAAAAGCUCAAAGGGAGACUUCAUAGCCAUGCUUCAAGACUGAAGUCCUCUUUAUGAUAAAUGCCAAAAUAGCUACACUUGUAUGGCUUGCAUGGGAUAGAGAAGAAAAUCACAUGAAUGCCCCAUUGCAGUUUUUGAGCAGCAAGGUGCUUGGUUAUUAGAACUAGUAAAAGAUAGAUAGUUAAGGUUAAGAUUUACAAAGAAAUCAUCCAGAUCUUAAAGAAGACCCUGAGCUCGCUCUUGAACUUUUUGAGCUGCAGGAAUCCCUUGUAAAAGCAAGACUUCUUGAUCCAAAUGACCUUGACGACGAUUCCAAUUUCAUCAACAUGGACAAAAUGAUGAAAAGAGCUGCAGGCACCUUUUCCCGCCUCAUGAAGGUCUAUUAUCCCCACCUAGCAUCCCCAAUUGUCGACUCCUUAUUUGAAGCAAGUACCAAAUACCACCAAUUUGUAGCGCCAAAUAUAGAAACCCCAGUUAUACCUAACCCAAAUGAGCUUACAGCGUCAGUCAUCGGCAAACUUUUCCAAGGACUUGCAGAAGCUAUGUACUCUGAAAGAGCAGACCCAACCAAUGAGUAUCCAUUUGCUGUAUGGGGAGAAUUGGUAGAAGUAGACAGAGACCCUAAAGGACAACAUGACUUAUUGAUUGACAAAACUUGCACCAAUGUCUGGUGGAUGAGCAAACAAGCAGCCAAAGACCUUGUACCAAGGAUGAAAGAGGUAGCUAACAAGACAAAUUGUGAUGGAGCCUGUGAAGCUUUUUAUGGACUAGGAUUAAUCAAUGCUCUGGAUCCUGAACUUAUUGAUACAUUAGCAAAAAGAGUACAAGUAGACUCUGAUAAAGUAUCAGCUAUAACUCUUGCAAAUGGAAUUUAUGGCCUUGGACUUGUAGGGAGAGGGGCUGAUGCUGCGAAUUAUUUAAUUUCUGUACUGAUGAAGCAUAAAGAUUUUGAGAUACUGUCAUUUGGAGAACUCCUGGGGGUUACUUGGGCUCAAUGUGUGCUGAACUGCACAAAUAAUGCAGCUUUUAAUGAAAUUUUGAAAAAUUUCAAUAGAUUUGAACCACAGCAUCUUGAACCGCGGCUAAGCCAUAUGUUGAGAGAAGUAAAAAACACUUUGGAAAUUGAGUUUGGAUGGAGAUUAGAAGAAACAUUUAGAGAGCCUAUAGUCACUGCUUUUAGAGGAUCAGACCAUGUGUCAUUUUUUGAAGGAGAACAUUAUCAUCCUUAUAAGAAAACUGUAAAAGAAGCAGUAAGAAAAUAUCUAAGCCAAGGACUGACUGAUAAAGAAUCAGAUACAAUACACAACCUUCUUGUGGCUGCAAAUCCUAACCCUUUAUACAAGAUGGAUGAUAUUUUUGCAGUCAAUGGGAAAAAAGUCGCAAUAUCUUUUGUAGGAGAUGAUAGACUUGAUGGGAAUGAAAUGUGUGGGCAGGACAAGCUUAGGAAAAGACACCUCGAAAAGGUUGGGUUCACACAACUGUUAAUUCCUCUAUAUUUAUUUGUAAACACGGAUCCUAUUGCUCAGAAAAUGUCUUUCAAUGAAAAUGCUGAUUUAGCAGGAUUGGUACUCAAAACAUGUGGAUUAAAAGAAAAUUUCUUACUCCUUUUUAAAUUUUGACAAAACAUCAGUAAAAAUUGCAUUUUUUGGGUACAUUAAACCCCUAUUAAAUUGUAACAAUGUUGUUUUUCAAUAGGAAAAUUUUAAUUUAGUUUUAGCAUAAUUGAAUAGAUAAAAUGCAAGUAGAAUGUUAUUUUAACAGUUUUCAAGCUGAAUCAAUUUAAUUUUUUUAUUUAAAUUCUUUAUAAAAAUAAUUUAAAUUCAUAUUAUUUUAAAUAUAUUAAAGAUAAAAAUAUUAAUUUAUAUUAAUUUUUGUAUUUAAAAGUUUUAUAAAAUUUUGCUCAAAUUUUAAUUUUUUAAAAAAAAAAAUUAAAAGAUGAAAAUCUAUAUUUAUGAAAUAAUUUUUAACCUAAUUUAAUAGACAAAAUGCAAUUAGAAUGCUAUUAUUCUUUUUUCACACUAAAUCGAUUAAUUUUUUAAGUUUUAUCUUCAUAAAAAUAAAUUAAAAUCAAAGUAUUGUGCUCAAUUUAUAGUUUUUUUAAGAUUUUAAAAAAUUUUUUAUUGAAAAAAUUAAUCCCCCUUUAAAUUGGAACAGUAUUGUUUUAUUCCAAUUUAAACCAUGGGAAGUUAGCACCAGUAGCAGAGUUACUUGAAAAGCUGAUAGAAAUCUCUGGGAAAGUAGAAACAAGUGAAGAUAUAAAACCAGACCUCGUCAAAUUUAUAGAAGAGUUUUUAGGAGCUUUCAAGCUUCAAAGAAUGUCCCGCUUCAAAACAGAAAUAAACGAAUAUAAAGAAGCAUUAGAAGAAAUCAAAAUUCAGCUUUUCAAAACGAAUGAGAGGUAUUGGCUGCUAACUGAUGCCAGCAGAGAUAUCGUGGAUCAACUUGUAAAAGAAACCACAAAGUCUCCAAAUUUCAAUUUAUUAAUAAAGGACAUAAAUGAGAAAAUCCCUCAAAGAGAAGAAAAGAAAAACUACCCAUGGGUUGGAAUAAGACAAGGAGUAGAAUUGCCUACAAAAAAAGUCAUGAACGACAUUUCUGACGAGCUUUUAAACCAAGGGUUUUUGUGGAUUAGCAAUUAUUAUCAUUAUGACGACUGGGAAGAAAUUCUCAGAAAAAAUUUUGUCCUUAAUUUGGAAAAUUAUAUGAAAGAGGAUCCUUAUAGUCUGCUUACUUUCUUUGGGGGGAGAAGACAAGCUUAUGGAAUUUUACCAAACCCAGGUAAAGGUAAUAAUCUUUUCUCCAGACAAUUCUCUGAUGAAGCUUCCUUGAUUGCAAGCCUCCAAAAUUUGAAAUAUGGCAUUAAAAGGAAUCUUAAUGACCAACAAAUUGUAGAAAAGAUUUUGGACUUGAAAUUCAUUCCUUCCAUAAUUAAGGAGCAUUUAUCAGAAAAGCACCCUAAGGAAGAAUAUUUGCCCACACUUUUACCUAGAGAUCCAAAAUGCUAUAUUAAAUUCAUCGAAGAACAGCAAAAUGUCAAAAGGAAGACUGAUCACUUUGUUAAUUACUUCAAAAACUACCAUUUAAAAAAUGAAUUUAAUGAAGAAGCAUUCCCACAGCUGCAAAAAUCCUUAGAACUUAUAAAUGAAAAUCAAGAAAUGUCAUGGAUGGAAAAACAUACCAUGAAAAAUAAUUUGAUUUGUAAUUCCUUUGGAAAAUUUUUUGGUGCGCUUUCCAAGUGAUUAUUUUUUUCUUAAAAAUUAAAAUUUUUUAUUCAGAAAAAAAUCCUAAUUAUAGAUUAAAUUUGCCUAUAUAUAAAAAUAUUUUAAUUUGUGUAUAAAAGAUUUUGCUCGAGGGGGAGUAGAUAUAUGAACACAAGAUUUGCGUUAGAAAAGAAAACUUUUGAUAAAGAUAUUUUCUAUCAUGAAGCAUAUAAACACAGAAUAGGUAGAAAAACGGAUCAAGAUUCUUUGACAAUUGAAGGGUUCAGAAUUAGGGAUGACCCAGAUUAUUUGAAAUUCACCAGUGAUGAAGACUAUUUAGAAUUCAAGACUUGCCAAGCUGAAACGAAUUUAAUAAAGAUGAGACUAAUCUACAAACUCCACAAUAACCAAGAGCUUACUUAUCGGCUUAUUAAUAAAUUACAUUUUAUAUAAAAAUAUAUAAUAAAAAAUCAUCUAAACAAUUAAUAAUAAAAUUAGCUAUAAAAUAUCAGAAAUUUUAAACGCUUAGAGUUAGUGAAAUUGAAAGACAAUAUCUGAAGAAAUGGGGGGAAGCUUUAAAGAAGGCAAAAAUUAGUGAUGCCGGCUCUGUGCUUGUACCACAGCAUAGCACUUCUUAUUGCUUAAAUGACAUGGACGAAGAAGAUGCUCUCUUUUGCAUGUCUUUCAGAAAUGUCGUGCUUAAAGAAUCAUUCGGACACUAUUCUCUAAAUGAGCUGAUUUUCGAGCUCAGCCACUUUUUCGAUGACGAAAUCAUAAGAAGGAUCGAGUACAACAUAAUAGAAAAUUACCGUCUCGGGCAGUGGGGGAUCACCACAGAUGCAAGCGGCAUUUCAAGGCUAAGACCACUAUGGAGGAAUAAAUCCAUUUGGCUGACUAACUUAGAACUCGAAGAAAUCUUAUGGAGCAAAGCAGGAGAACUAAAUGAAGAAGAAAUUGGCCACUUCCUUACUCCCCCCCCUCCGUGAGUGAACAAAACCAUUAGAAAAAUCACCAUUUUUUGCCCAAAAACCCACCCUCCGUGAGUGAACAAAAAUUUUUUGAUAUAUAAAUGAUAAUUAUUAUAAUAAAAUCUAGAGCUAAUUCUAUUUAAUUUUAAACGAAUUGCUCUUUAAAACAUAAAUUUUAUAAAUUAAAUUAAUAUUUUCCUUCCAAUUUUUGCGAAUUAGAUUUUUUUAAAUUUAGAAAAAAAAUAUUUUUUAUAAAAUUUAUAUAUAAAUUUUUUUUUAAAAAAACAAAUUAACCCCCCUCCGUGAGUGAACAAAAUUUUUUUGUUCACUCACGGAGGGGGGGGGGGAGUUAGCAUCUACGGCCACAUGAGAGAAAAAGCAUUUAACAGUAGACAAAUUUGGAAAAUCGAAAAACAAAGCAUCCUUGACUGGCUCGCAGUUUAUAAUGGAGUUGAAGGAAGACUUAAAUACUUAAAAGAAUGGUAUAUAAGAAAAACAAUUGAAAGAGAAGCAAACCAAAACAUUCCUCGUGGGAAGUUUUAUAAGCCAGAUGCCCAGCUUUCAGAGGAUUACCACAGAGCCAAAGUCGAAAGCGCCAAAAAGCUGAUAAAGGAAAAAAUUGGGGAUAAAUGGGAAAAUUUGACGGACGGGCAUUUCCAAAUGAUAAUCAAAACGUGUAAAGAUAAAAUAAUUACUAGUGAUGUCGUUGAGGAUGAUAUAGCAAUGAUUAAUGCCAUUUUAUUCCAUGAAGGUCUUACUCCCUCCACUUUAAGUUAAACCAAAAAUCUGCUCCAAAUGAAAAAGUUAUUUUUUGAUCUAAAAUUUUUAUAAUAAGUAUUUAAAAGUGCUAACUUUUAUAAAAUAGAACUAUUUGCACCGCCAUUUUAAAAUAGAACAAUUUUAGGUAAAAUUUGAUUUUUGCUACAUUAAAUUGAGGAUAAAGAGCUGAUUUCAUAGAAAUUAUUAUUUUUACUUAUAAAAAUCAAAUUUAUUUAUGAUAAUUUAUCUAAAAAAAAUUGAUAUUUUUAAAUUUAAUUUAUAGAAGGAGCUAGUGAUAUGGACAGAGAAGAAAUCGAGACACUUAAGCGGCUUUAUAAAUUUGACGAAAAGGAAGAAAACGAGCCAGCGGAACACUUAUUUGUGAAGCCUGUCCCUGUUAGGAAUGUUACACAUACAAAUGAUUUAGAAAGAUCAGUAAAUCCUAAUGAGUAUUGGAAGGAUAGGAUAGAGCAAGCCUCAGGAAAUUUCAUAGCCAAUUUGAUUAAUAAGAUUAAAGAAGAUUAG